UCUUCCAUACAGCUUUCCUUAAUUGUAAAUUGAACGGAUAUUCGGUCGCCAUUUUACACUAAACAAGCUCUUUAGCUGGGAUUUUGCGAAUUAUCUCUGCCUCCGUAAUGGAGGAAAUUAAAGAGACUAAAAUAAUUUAUCAUAUUGACGAUGAAGAUACUCCUUAUUUGAUUAAACUAAAUGUCCCUGCUGACCGGGUUACCCUGGGUGACUUCAAAAAUGCCCUCAAUCGCCCGAAUUACAAGUUUUUCUUCAAGUCUAUGGAUGACGACUUUGGGGUUGUGAAAGAAGAAAUUAUAGAUGAAGAACAGAGGUUGCCAUGUUUCAAUGGCAGAGUUGUUUCAUGGUUGGUUGCUGCAGAGAGUAGUAAUGCGUCUGAUACCCAAUCACAGUGUACAGACUCGCAGGCUGGUGAUAUCCAUAUGCCAACAGAGAGGGUAGGCGGUAUUGGUGAUAGUAGGCCACCUUCUUUCCA